AUGACCAGGCUCCGCGGAGCUUCCCUCGAAUCUCCGGAUAAAGUGCAGCAUAGCGGCGAGAAGCAUCAGUCUUGUCGAUCCAAGGUCCCACCGAAUGCGCCUGAGGUGAUCACCCAGAACACUAUCGAAAUCUCGGACUCCUCGCGGGUCCUUCCGUGGUACAGAGAUGAACGUCGACGAAGUUACAACGUGUUAGUACGGAGAUACAAAAACCAAUUAUUAUACGGAUGUGAUGAUCCAGGAUGCCGUACCCCGACCUGUGCCAGCCGCCGCCGCCGUGUCAGCGAAGGACCCUACCGUCGAUACACCGAACUCAGCGCGCGCACCCUGGCGUGUUACCUCGCAAGCUUGGACGACGCCGAAAGUGGACUAUGUCGCAAUGCCCCAAAGCUCUCGCCCGAGUUGACACUCCGUGAUUAUCACCGAAUCUCUUUGCAAAGAUCGCGGGCUUUCCAAGCACAGGCUGCCGCUGCCGUUGCAGACGAGCAGGCCAAUCCCGCCACCGCCGCUGAGUGCGAUAACGACGACGACAAUUCACUCGAUUUGAAUAAAUCUGGGAGGCGCAGGAGCCAUAGCUCGAAGAAUGCUGGUCAAUCUUCGGGACCGGCUUCUUCUCCCGUCGAAAAUCCAAACACCAAUGAUUCCCAGGAUUUUGAUUACGCCGCUGAGCAGCCAGUCAAGGACCCUAAAUCUUUCACACAGAACCUAUUCGAUACUCUAUCGUUGCGAAUGGUUGAAUGGCUUCCACUCCGUCGGCCAUCAGAAUCCUCUCAUUCGAAAACCGAUCAGCCAGUACCAGUACCAAGCAUCGAGCGUCAAUCACAAUCCACUGCAAAACCACUCCCUCCCUCGAAUGCGAAUGACAAGCCGAAAGCAACGCACGACCAAUCACAGUUGGCUCAAACACAGAACAAUAUCCCCCGAACCCCCUCCUCGCGAACUACCGGUACGCAAUCCUCUGCGGUGGAACUCAAAAUCCAAAAUCAGCAUGUCAAGCGUCUUUCCGUCACCGAAGUAGAUCAUUGGCGCCAAUCACCACGCAAUAGUAUGGACGAAAAACGACGACCGGCAUACAAAAAUCGCAAACUAUCUCUGAAUUCGCAUCUCACUCCCAAUGAAAUUGCGAGUGUGACAUCGCCACCUGCUCUUAAACACCGACCCCAGAAACACCGUGGCAGGAUCGAGGGCACAGAAAACACACGCCCCAAAGAACGGUCUAAAGCCCAACGUCGGGUGUCUUGGGAUAGCGAAAAAAUCUUCAACCUCGCAUCUGCUGAAGAGAGUCCUAGUCAUCCUCGGCCGCUGCUUGCAAAGCCUGUGGUUGACAAUGAGUCCCCAAGUCAUCGUAAAGCCAAACAUGAUUCACCCCCUCGCAUGUCGGAGUCUGCUCCAUUGCCCCAGACAGUGACUCACUUUACCCCGGAGAUCAUCACUGGCCUCGGCCAAAUAAUGGUCGAAUCCGACGAUGAUGCAGAAACGUGGAAGGAAGAACUUGAUCGCAUUCAAUCCAUGGGUAGCUUCGAAAACCCCGACUGGAGGUUUGCAACUCCUCGCCAGCGCCUGGUUUUUCCAUUCAUCGCUCAAAGCACCUUUUUCAUUUUCAGCAGCUCCAAACAUAUCUUACAUUCAUUCAGAAGAGAUGCAUUAGACCCCAAAUCACAGCAUCAUAGUCCGAUGAGCAGUCGUCUCGAUGUUGCCAACCUACGCACAUCAUUACAGCAACUUCUUGCCUUCUGCCCAUGGGAUAUUGCAUUGCAUAGUCUAUGGAGUGCCUUGGACAAACUAUUCGUGCCGCCCAGUGAUUUUACAUCUGCUCGGGCUUCUCGGCGAUCCUCGCGCAGCUCAACCCUGACUGGCCCUGCUCCUCCGGUGGUGCGCAGGAUGUCAGAGACUGCAACGGACGAGCAUUUAUCCGACGCAGAUGCUGCUCAUAUUGCUACUGUGGUUCUGUUUGUCCUGGUCAGCGCAAUUCCAAAUCUGAGUAUUUCAACAUGGCGGGGAAUUCUACGCAUGCGCGCCGCGGGAACUAUUGCCUCGUCCGCUGACAUGCAGAAGCUUCCGGCUGAGCACGCUCAACAGGCAGUGGAAGCAACUGACAAACUAGAGCAUGAGCUUGGUCUUCGUCUCGUAAACCGCCUUGUCCGCGCCCUUGCCGCACGGCUUGCAUAUCACGAAAUAUCCAAGGCGCGCCAAGCCUAUAGUCUCGAUCUGCCAAAGCAACGACGGUUCAACGUUCUCGAUCGCAUUGUGGAUCACCUCAGUGAACAUCAUAGCCUAGGGCAGUCGGAUAACGAAGACGCUUCGCCUCCAUCCACCGGACCUGCGCCGCUUAUCGUUGAGUGGCUACGAACAGUCUUCCUGCGCGAAUGGGAUGGCAAUCCGGAGAUGGCUAGGAGCAGUGCUGCUGGUGGUGCUGUCCAAAUACUAGCCCUGAUGUACAAAGAGCGAAAUCGACUUGGUCUUCAUCCUGAAGAUUUCCAAACUUCUUUCCUCGCUGACCGGUUGGAUCCACUCGAAAUGCCCCUCGCCUGGGUUGGGGGUCUAUCAAACAACCGUACGAUACAUCUCCUAUCCUACUCAUUCCUCUUCCCGCCAUCGUUCCUCGUCAUUUACUUCCGAUCUCUCAACUACUCCGCAAUGUCCAAAUACUUCGAAGCUGCGAUGACUACAACGCGACAUGUCACUCAAACCGCUUUUGGAAGCAUCACGAUCCCCGAUGAUGGCGCACUGCUUUCCCGCAUGAAAGUUUCCAUGUCGACUUAUCUUGUACUUGUUGUCAGGCGAGAUAAUGUCCUCACGGACGCUUUGAAUCAGCUCUGGCGUCGAGAAAAACGCGAGCUAAUGCGCCCACUCAGAGUUCAGAUGGGAAUGGACGAGGGUGAAGAAGGAUUGGAUCAUGGUGGGGUGCAACAGGAAUUCUUCCGAGUUCUCAUGUCUGAUGCGCUCGAUCCGGCCUUUGGCAUGUUUACUAUGGAUAGUCGACAUCGCAUAUCAUGGUUCCGACCUCGUUCCCUUGAGCCCCAAUACAAAUUUGAGCUUCUCGGACUUCUCAUGUCCAUUGCGGUCUACAACGGGUUGACGCUGCCUAUCAAUUUUCCUGUCGCGUUCUAUCGCAAACUAUUGGGGUUGAAGGUGAAGCAUCUAGACCAUAUCCGUGACGGGUGGCCUGAGCUCACACAGGGUCUGGAAAUGCUCCUCAAUUGGAAAGACGGGGAUGUGGGUGACAUUUUUAUGCGUACUUACGAGUUCAGCUUUGAAGCUGUCGACCAUGUUGAAACCGUCGAUAUGCAGAAGGUGAACCGGGAUGCCAUGUGGCCACUGCCUGGUAGAUCACCUACACCGACAUCUGCAACUGAUCACAAAACAUGGUCUUCCCAAGCCGGCAAUGCAGGCAUUGCGAGUCCCCCAUCAUCUGCGGUGACUGAGGCAGCACCCACACCUUCUGCUUCGGAUGACACUGUCAAGUCCGUGCCUCGCUCCUUGUCGCUCCAAUCCCCCACACCCUCUGUCGAGGAGGCGGCCCUGGUAACCAACGAGAACCGACAUCAAUUCGUCAAGGACUAUAUUUUCUGGCUCACAAACAAGUCCAUUCGGCCGCAGUUUGAGGCAUUCCUUCGCGGGUUUCACACGUGUCUCGAUCGAUCGGCACUCUCUAUCUUCACCCCCGAGUCACUCAAGACUGUCGUUGAGGGUCUGCAAGAGAUUGAUGUGAAAGAACUCGAGAACCAUUGCCGCUACGAAGGCGGAUUUGGACCCGACCAUCGUGUCAUCCAAGACUUUUGGAGUAUUGUCCAUGAGUACCCACUCGAGAAGAAAGCGCAACUUCUGGAGUUUGUCACCGCAAGUGAUCGAGUCCCCGUCAAUGGGAUCUCGAGCAUCAUGUUCGUCAUCCAGAAGAACGGCGUGGGAGAUCUGCGUCUUCCAACUAGUUUGACAUGCUUCGGUCGUCUACUUUUACCGGAGUACUCAUCUCGAGAAUCUUUGGCCCAGAAGCUGGACAAGGCGCUCGAGAAUGCACAGGGGUUUGGUGUGGCGUAA